AUGCCUGAACAAUCUCCUCAACGUUUCAUAACCACACAUGAUGCCUCAGGUGCCUCAGUCUUCGAUGCUUCCAUCCCCACCACUGUCCCGGAUGCGGAAUACCCAGGCGGUCUGAGCAUUUUCAAGCCCAAUAUGCAACCGAAGGCUUUCCCACAUCCCUCUGCGCAAACACCGAUCUCCAAAUCUACAGCAACCGCCUCGCCAACCCAGGAGGGAUCGUUAUUAACAACGUCUCACAUGCAUCGUACAUUGAACGUUGAUACCGGAAUGGUAAUUGAGGGGAGCCUUGAACUAUUGCUAGACUCGGGCGAGUCCAGGGUCUUGAGAAAGGGGGAUGUCUUCGUGCAGAGGGCGACGAUGCAUAGGUUGAAGAACAUGAGCUCGACGGAACCCGUUACCAUGGUGGUUUUUAUCCAGCCAUGCGCCCUGUUGGAAGCAAAGGAUCUCACGGCUGCAUCGUCGAUGUCGUCAAUGGCUUCUGCAGCAGCCGCUGACAAGGCUGGGGCUCCGAAGAAAGUUUGA